GUCAGUCCGGCCGGCCGGCCCGGUUGGUGGCACCAUGUCACCAUAGCAAUGACCUUUACUGUCACCUGACCUUUAUGAUUUACUGGAUGAGGACUUCUGACUGUCCGUUUAGCAGAUGAGCCAGUUUGGGCAGACUGAAAAAAACGGCCGACAGAACGUUCCAUUUUACAUUUGAGGUUUCCUGCUAAUUUGUGGUCAUUUGGUUUACAGGACACAGAUCAGCCAAAGUAGGCUGAAGAUGUAUGUUUUAUUUUCUUGAUAACAAAAAUUGUUGUGUUUUUAGAAGACUUUAGACUUCAUAUUUGGUGCAUUUAGCCAGACCCAGUUAAGAGCCCAGUUUGACUAAAAGCACCUUAUAAGCUAGGUGCUGGGAACAUGAGGAAAGGCACUAGGAAUGAGGCCAUAAACGACGGCAGCACCAAAUGGCAGCGUCAUGCACACACACGCUUUCACAUGAAUGAUAAGGUCCUUGCCAGCUGGUCAGACUGCCGCUUCUAUCCAGCCAGGGUCCUGGCUGUUAACAAGGAUGCUUCCUAUACUGUGAAGUUCUUCGAUGGAGUUGUCCAGACUGUGAAGGACAUCCAUGUGAAGUCUUUCCACCGAAAUAGAAAAGGAGGGAAGUCAAAAUCGGAGGAGAAAAACAAAGCCAAAGCUCAGUUCAGAAAGCAGCAGAAUGAGAAGAACGGGAGGUCCCGUGGAGAACGUGGGUCUGCGGAGAACGGGAACGUCAAGAGCAGAAGGGUCCAAGAGAGCAGCCUGGACCGGGCCGCCAGUGGCGAGGGGGAGGGUGGGGCAGGCAAAAAGAGAGGGAUGGAGGAGGAGCAGGUGCCCGCAAAGAUGGAAGAUCUGGGGGUCGAGACUGGAAGGCAGACCAGCGGGGCCCUCGGAGGGAAAAGCGACCGGGGAGCGGUGCCGGCCAGGGAGGGGGGUCGACGGGUUCUGAGGGAGCUGCCCGGGAGGCCGGGGCCCGGGGAGGCCAACGGCGUGGGAGUACAGGAGCAGGGCGAGCCGGGGGGCCAGUCUGCAGACUCCAGCCCUCUGCAGGAGCUCAUGGAGGUCAAGGCUGAGGUGGAGAUAUCAGAACAUCUGAAGGCCGGCCUGGAGGAGGCUCCGUACCAGAACGGAGGCCGGCAAACCCGACCGGCAGAAGGAGCAGCGGAAACUCCACGUGAAGUUCUCGAGCUGAGGAAGAGGAAGAUCUGCCUUGGACAGAGCCCACCUUCGAAGAGAAGCAAGCCAGACGUCAGCACAGAGAAACCUGGUUCUGUGGAGUCCAAGCCAGCAGAGUUGGACCCCCCCACAGCGACAGUGGCGGUGGCGAAAGCCGACAGGGAGACUCUGGACAUAGAGGGACAGACAGAGACCCCAAAACCGCCCACAGAGCUGGGACCUGACCCUGCUGUACAAGCUCCGCUAGUGAGAAAAACACAGCAGCCGAACCCCAAUAAGUACAGCCGGGAGCCUUUGUACAGAGUGGUGAAGAACCAGCCGCCACCCGUGCUCUCCAUCAACCUGGACCACAACCCCUUCAAGUGCCGAGCCCCCGGCUGCCACAAAUCCUUCCGCAAGGCCAAGCUGCUGCACUACCAUGUCAAGUACUACCACGAGGGGGACGAGGCGGCCGAGGCAGACCUCAGCCCCCCCCGGAGCGUGCAGACGAGGGCCUCUGAGAGGCAGGAGGCCGCCCUGGACACCCCCAGGACCCGGCGCACCACUUCCACUCAUUUGAGUUCCACCCACCGGACUUUGUACCCCUCCCGAAUGGGCAAACUGAAUGAGCGGAAGCGAACGUUGGCUCCCCCUGGUGGUGGGGCUGGGAACCGGCAGCGGCCAUCGCUGCAGGAGAAGAGCAGGGAGAACCACAUGGAAAAGCUGAGGUGCAAGGUGCUGGAGAGGGACCCGAACACGGCCGAUGCAGUGGCGAGGGAACGGGCGAAAGAAGCAAAGAUUAAAGACUUCCUGCGCAUCAGGCUGAAGAAGAAGAAGAAGAAGAAGAGAAAAAAGUCUAAAUCAGACGAGGAUAGUGGGAGUGACUGGUCCACGGACAGCCCCGUCUGGAGCACAGAGGAGCUUCAGGAGCUGGAUGCUGUGCCAGGCGUGACUGCACCGGGCCUGGGCUCCGAUGUCGUGCGCUGCAUCUGCAAGGUGCAGGAGGAGAAUGACUUCAUGAUUCAGUGUGAGGAGUGUCUGUCCUGGCAACAUGGCGCAUGCAUGGGGCUCAUGGAGGACAACGUGCCGGAGAGAUACACCUGCUAUAUCUGUCGAUACCUGCCUGGGCAGAGGCAAAGCCUCCACUACAGGCAUGACAGUGAUUGGCUGAACAGAGGUCACAUGUACGGCCUGCCAUUCCUAGAGGAGAACUACUCCGAUCAGAGCGCCUCGAAGAUCACCGCCGCCCACCAGCUGCUAGGAGACGUGCACCAUGUCAUUGAGGUGCUCAACGGCCUGCAGCUUAAGAUCAGCGUCCUGCAGAGCCAGUCACACCCUGAACUGCAGCUCUGGUGCCAGCCGUGGAAGCGGGCAGAGAAGCCGAAGAAGACGGCCAGCACGGAGAAGGGGCUGGCGCCCCCUGCUGCCCUGGGGGACAACGCACAGGACGGGGAUGGCAUGUAUCACUCGACACUUGUUGGAGGGGAGAAGAUGGGCCACACAGCUGCCCAGGACUCGUAUAUCAGCAGCGAGCACUGCUACCAGAAGCCGCACACGUACUAUCCAGCCACGGAGCAGCGGCUGGUGGUGGAAACGCGUGACUCGGAGCUGGAGGACAGCCUGCGCAGCACCGAGGACCUGCUGACCCUGGAGCACCGGUACGGGGUCCCGCUGGACCCCGACAGGGGCAAGAUCCAGCCGUCCCUGCAACUCGAGUGGCCGACCAACGCUAAGAAGGCGGACGGCUGCAGGAAGCAGAGCGGGGACAGAGGCGGCCAGGUGAAGAGCGAACCGGCGGAGCCGGAGGCAGAGGGCAGCCUGCAGCAGCAGUGGCAGAUAAACCUACUGGACCACAUCGAGGCUGUACAGGAGGAGGUCACGCACAGGAUGGACUUCAUCGAGAGGGAGCUGGACGUUCUGGAGAGCUGGCUGGACCACACGGGCGAACUGGAACCACCAGAACCGCUGGCUCGCCUUCCCCAGCUCAAACUGCGGAUCAAGCAGCUUCUCACGGACCUUGGCAAGGUGCAGCAGAUAGCUCUCUGCUGCUCCACAUGAGGGCGCCAGAAAGUCCUUUUUUUCAUUAUUAUUAUUUUUUUUUAAUUCAAGCCAGCACCGCUGAUAGUGUUCAGACCUUAUGGCCCAUUUGAAGAUUUAUGAACGUAGAACUGAACAUAAGAGGACGGGAUGAUGAAAGAUGGCCUGCGGCGAUCCCGGAAAGAGCGUAAGGAAGAUUCCGGACACAAAGGCCGGGAUUUCUUUUUGGAGCAACAGGCACUAUGCAACAAUGCCAAGGAGGGAAUGUACCAGAGGUCAUACUGAAAGCAGAAAUGCGACAUGCAAAACACGCGCGCAGGUUUUAAUAAUAGUCAUUCCGCAAUAUUAAUAAUGUUUGUCUUGGUUACCAUUAAUCUAUUACAGUUAAAUGUGAGGACAGCUAACUGGUAGACCUAGAACCCUUAAGCACUUGUCUUCACAAGACCGUGACGAGGGGUUGUUACCGCAGAACUCUGUUUAUAAACAUCUUUAACUACGAUAUUUUGGUAGUAUGUUCAUCCAUCUUCCAACGGCUUGCCUUGGUCAGGGUUGCUGGUAUUUUUUUCAUUUUGUUAAAGAUGACCUAAAUCUUUUGGGACUUUUAUUAACGAAAGGCUUUUGAAUUGCAAAGCAGUUAUUGUUAAAUGGAUACAUGUAUAAGUUUUUCUUUUAAGGAUGAGGAAAAAUGUAUUUGUGAAACAGAGCAUUUAUAUGUAAUAUUACAUAUUUUAACAGGUGUCAGCGCAUAAAUUUGUAUAUAAAUUUUUAUUUUCGUUGUCGUGAUGAAAAUUGUUACUGUCUUCUAUUUCACUAUUGAUGAUAAAUGAUGUGCUUUGAAAAGCAAGUAUUUUAAACUGCCUUUGUAUUUACGUAUGCCAUUACGAGAAGCGUAACUACAGGCUUUGCAGAUUCCUUAUUUUAUUGUAGCGUUCUUUCUAAAGACAAAUAUCAACUGUACUUUUGUGUAACUGUCUCCUUUUUCAAUACAGAAACUCUAACAGUAAUGUGUUACGCCCCAUA